AUGUCCUUCGUUGAAGACGACCUUCGGCGCGCCGAUGCCGCACUCGACAGAUUCCAGCUGAGAGAGGCCGAGGAACGAGUUGCAAUAGCCGGCGCCGAACGACGUGAAAUCGAAGCCAGCGCCGAAGACGACCCUCGGACUGCUCAACUGAAAGCCCUUAUCAGAUCCCUUUCUACCACCUCGAGCUCGAGACCGUUGAUACGCCGGUCGAAAGUCCGCAGUCUUCUCUCCCAGCUGGUAAAGAAAGAAGAAAAACAAGGUGCCGUAGUAGCAUCAAACUCUGAUGUAUCUAAUCUCGAAUGGGUGGCUACUGGCAAGGCUACCGCACAGGUGUAUGGGCUACUAUUAAAUUCUCUCCUGGACUACACAAUCCCUCUGAGCGAGUCUAUAUGGUAUUGGGACGAUAUAUUGGGGUCUUCUUCAAACAUUGCGCUGUAUACCAUUCAGACCUCACCUUUGCGGUUCUGGAAGCAGGCAAAAGAAGUCUACGCCGACGCAAGACAAAGGUUUCAUGCAGGGGCAGAUCUUCGUGCUUCGGCCCGGGAGGCUACGAACAGCUUGUCGGAAAACUGGAAGGAGUUCUACCGGCUCGUUCGAAACAGUGUCAGAGAGCGAUCAUUGGCUCAUGCACAGACAAGAAUACUUUCCCCCUUCUCGAUUGCUCAGAUCGAGGUGCGCAGGAACUUACAGCAGAUCAAAAGCCUGAGACAGUCAAGCUCUGCUACAAUCGGCCGGCUUGUCCGAGAAGGUCUUGUCUUUGAAGGUGCGCCAGAUGAGCGCAAACCUGGGGCAUUGCCGCAAAUGCUCCAUUCGCAGGAAGAGGACUGGCAAACCACCGUUGCACGAACAGUUUGUCUACUGGAUUCUGUCACUCGGGCGCCGUCUGACGACGAUGGGUACGUUCUCGAUCCAACGACAGCUUCAGCAGCAGAAGUUGCCUCCGCCCUCAUCAAGAUUCUUGACGAACAUCUACCGAACCAAGAGCAAGAGGCCGAGCUAAUGCGUUCCAAAUAUGGUAAACCGUCGCGUCUUGUACGAUACUGGAUCCCAGCCGUGUGCUUCCUGCUGUCCGGCAGUACAAUUUUACGGAUAAUAGUUAAUCGCAAGGCCGAGAUCGUUCAAUGGUUUAGGGAACUCGGGCAAACAUGCAUUGACUUCUGGGCCAAUUGGGUGCUGGAGCCCACCAAGAAGCUCGUCGGAACCAUUCGUCAUGACGAACAAAGUGAGAUUGCAAUUCAGAGCAGGGACAGUCUCAAGGCGGAUCGAGAGAGCUUAGAACGAAUGGUGGUUGAGUUCGCGGUGCAAAACCCUGACAAUGGCACAAAGUUCAGCGACAGCCAGAUCGCGGAAAUUCGGACGAAAGUGAGGCAGGGAGAUCUCACUCCUGUUCUUAAAGCAUACGAACGAGAAAUGCAAAGUCCCAUCAAGAAUGCAAUCACGGGACAACUUGUUCGGACACUCCUCAUCCAGGUCCAAAAGACCAAGGUCGACGUCGAGACUGCGAUUGGUGGGAUCGAUUCCUUACUCAAGAGCCAAGAAUUGCUUUUUGGAUUUGUGGGAAUAGCACCCGGGGUUCUCAUUUCCUAUGCCCUCAUCCAAUGGCUACGUGGUGUGUUCGGUGGGCGCCGAGGUCUACAACAGGGAAAGAGGAAAGGUGAAGCUCUUCGGCUCGUCAGAAACAUUGAUCGGACAUUGACCAAUGCCGAUGUUGAUGAGGACGGCAUCAUCUCUGAGGAGAACCACGGCAUCUUAUUGUGCGAAACACACCUUUUGCGCCAGCGAGCAGCUGCAGUCCUACCGGGAAAUGUGAAGAGAGAAUUUCUCCAGGAUUUGAACGAUCUACUCGACAUCAAGUCCGGUGUGGGCCGGCAGAUCAAUGUCCUGAGGCGGAUAGAAUGGGCCUAUGCGCAGUGGCUGAGAUAA